UUCGAGUCCCCUCUAUGUCAUUAUCACCUGCAUUCCUUAACGCCAUUAAUGCCGGAUUCAAUGCGUCGCUGUGGUCACGCAACCAUACAGUGGCGAAUGGGUUGCGUGUGGAGAGGAUUGUGAAGGAUAUGGAGGUCCAUGGUGGUGUUGAUGCGAUUAACGAGGCAAUGAAGGAAGACAAUGACAUUCUUCUUGUGCAGGGACGAAUCGGUGCUGAAUCUUUGCACCGCUCACUCCCUGCGCUUGAAGAACAUAACCUGGUAUCAUUUGCUCCCAUUACGGGAUCUACUAGUUUACGGAAUUGGAAUCCUCACCUCUACUUUUUGCGCACCGACCCCGCUGCUGAGCUGCUGGCCCUCCUCCGCUACGCCGUGAACGAACUUCGGGUGUUGCGGUUGGGAUUCAUGUACCUGCAGAACGUGUCGUUUGGGGAUAGUGAGUACGAGCACGCCACAGAGCUGCUAGAUGACAUUGAUUACGAGCUGUGCUGUGUUUUCACUCUGGAGAGCUCUCUGACUGG